AUGAUCUGGAACAACAAACACUGGGUUGGUUUGGCAAUAAACAUUAACCUCGGCGUAAUAGAGGUACUUGACCCGAACCUUGACCUCAACGCCAGUAAGAAGGUGGAGGAAUAUUUGCAGCCACUUCUGAACAUGCUCCCAUACAUUGUCCACAAACACUGUGUCUCUGCCACGCAAACCAAAGUCCUCAAACCAUAUACAUGGACACGGCCAUAUCAUCUUUACCACAACAAGCGAUCCAGUGAUUGCGGACCAGUGGCUGUUAAGUUCAUGGAGAUGCAUGCAUCCGGUGAUCCAGCCCCUCACAUGUCAGGGUUGGACGACAACUUAGUGGACCAGCUCCGCAAGCAGUAUGCUCUCGACAUAUACCAAGAACUGGUCUUUUGGAGCAUUCUGGAGCAUAUGGGACAUGAGGAGCAUGGAGGGACUUGGCACAUGGAAGCAGCUCAACUGGAUACGCAAAGGAAGAAGGGAGAAGCCAUCUUGAAGACCAGCUCGACCGUCCACUCGACCAACCGGUCGAGUUCCUCAACUCGACCGGCCAAGCUUCAACUCGAUCGAGCUGGAAGUCAAAGUCAAACCCGAAAAAUGUUGCUUCCCCCUUGA